AUGUCAGUUACGUCUGCCGAUGAAUGUUUCUCGAAUGUGGAUUCUGUCGAGGAACUUCGUCGCAUCUGCUCUGAACGAGACGCCCGCAUUGCCAAACUCAAAGUAAUGAUCAUACGUGAGCGCAAGGCUACAGCAACAAUCAAGGAAGAGUUGACACAUUUAACUCAGGAAAAUGCCGAACUCAAGGCCUCCAACCAUGUCCUUGAAGAUCAAGUUAUCCGAUUGAGUUCAAACACUGAAUCUAUUCAAGAAAUAAAUGCCCUAAGAAAUGAAAUUACCUCGUUACAGGAAGCGGUGGAAACGCUAAAGAACGAAAAUCAAAGAAUGACUGUUGAUGCUGAUCAACUGCGUUCGUUGCUUUCAGCUUCUGAAGUGUCAGCUACUGAAAUGAAUCGCCAACUAACUGAACUGCAAUCGACAACAUCAAGUUUAAAGGCUGACUUGGUCACCCACCAGGCUUACAAGUCUUCUUUGCAUAAACUUGCAAGUGAUGUCUUAGCUAGCUCCUCAUUCUUAGAGGGCCAGCUAACACUGGACAAUCAGCAGGAUUUAGUUGCAAGUGUUAUAACCUCUUUAGCAGAGUGCUGUAAAUCCCGCGGAAGGUUAGUCCCAGUUGCGAUUCAGACUUCUGACCAGGCAACGCAGCUUCAAGAAAACUCGUGUAAUGCUGAAAACAAUCUUGUUCUAGUAGACAAAGACUCCUUACGUCGAACUUGUGAGGCAAUCCUUGAACUGGAACACCACUUUCCUUGCAUAGAGGAACAAAAUGGACACAGAUUAACUGAAAAUUUGAUAGACAGCAGUCCUAAAUCUAUCGAUGAUGUGACUACUCGGCUUCAAAAAUGUAUUUUACUGGUCAAAGAUGCAAAAGGUCGUCCUGGUUCGGAUUCACCAAAAUGCAAAACUUGUCAAAUGCACAUUUCUACUCUGAAGAAUUGUCACCUACAGCUUUCUGAAUUGCGAACUGACCUUAGUGGCCUGAAGUCACAAACGAAUUCACUAGCAGCUGACGCGACCCGGGAGCUGGAUCAACUUGCGUCUCUGUGUCAGCCUAUCGGAGUGUUUUUAAGUCAACAGUUGGCGCCAAGCAUUUCUAACGAAUCCACAUCAAGAUGUUGCGCUGUCUCUUCAACCGUAAGUAAUGCUGACAUCUUGAAAAACAAUGUGGCAGAACUCAGGCUUCAGUUAGAUCAGAUGAGGGCUGAUAUCGUUGGGGUGCUUGCCGACUGUUCAACAGAUUUCACGGAAUCCCUCACUUCGAUGAACUCCAGGGUUUCAUCCAUGUAUAAGGCCGCCAAAAUGUCUCAAGACGUCGAAGUCCGACGUGAUAUUGUAGCUUCUAUCCAGUCAGCUAUCGGCAGUAAAUUAAGCAACCUAGGCUGCGGUAUGCACUCCUUGUCUGACUUAUUGCUGGAAUAUAAACAGACUUAUAACACUGAAGCAUCCAACCUAAACGCUCUACUCCAAGAAUUGCAUCUCCGAAAACCUGCUAAAUUACACCACGCUACCGCGCAGACUGACCAUGUCGAAAACCAACCAAUCUGUGUCAAGGAAGGCAGUCUGGAUUAUCUGUGUCGCCUGAAGUUGCAGGAGGUUCUUUGCAGUGAACCUAUUGUCAACAGUAUAGCUCCGGGUCUGGAGAACGAGACAAGGAGGCGAAUUCAUCAUCUAAUAGGACAAAUUAGUAAGAUUCAAGUACUUUACAACAAACUUCUGCUCGAAGUGCGAGCUAGCGAUUCGAGUCGCCGAGUAUCAUGCUCCGAACCGCCGUCUCCGCGUCUACAAAAUGCUAAUCUGUUGGAGACCGUAAAGGCGACGCUAGCCUGCAUGAAGGGGGACUUGCAGCAGAUGAAGUACUUUGUCCUGAAGGAGGCUCUCAACGUGUCUGAAGGGCUAUCAGCAGUACAGGAGCUGCAGAACAAUUCAUUGACUCCUGCGGUCAACAACUUGUGUGCGCAGGCUGUAGCAUUAUCUGAGCCCUCAGUUCAGACGCCGGAUUCUUCCUCACAACGCGACCUCACAUGCCUGAGCUCCGAACUUGUCCAUCUGCGUCAAGACCUGGAAGGUGUCAAAUCUGAGUUCGUUGAUUAUACGGAGACCUUCCAGACUUGCAUGAGCACCGUUACCGCAAAGAUAUCCCCUCUUUUGUUGAAUAAAUCCGUACCAGAUGGCGCAUGUCCUACCGCGAUGUCUUCUAACGGCCCUUCUCCAAAAAUGUUGGAAAUGUCCGUGGAAACCAUACCUGCGCAGGAAGAAGUCUCCGUACAGACGGAAGAUAUCACGGUUUCUGUUGAGGAAUUAAAGCAACGUGCGGGCAAGUUGCAACGCCAAGUUCAAGACUCUUUCACUGUCUCACCGUCAGAAAUUUGCACUUGCGAUGUUGCUUGUCACACUGAGAGCUGCAUUACUGCCUCCUCAAGCGACCCUCUUAAUCUAAAAGAAGUUUCGAUCAACACAGAUCAUCCUCUUGUUCAGUCAUCCGGCUUUCAGACAGAGAGUUCUGAUAUACGGGAUACUCGGUCAGACGUGUCCACGGAAACGGAAGAAAGUGGGCAAUCUGUUGCCGACCCUAUCAGCGUAACAGAAAUUUCC